CUUAAAUAAAAAGCCUCUCGUCCCGUCUCGGGUCGGAUACGUAGAAUAACCCGGAAAGCCACACCGCCCUUGUCAUAUUCAAACCUGGGGGAGAAAACGCACUUGCUCAUAUUCGAGCUAACCCCCAAAUCCAAUUUAGGGUUAGGGUUACUGAAUCGAUCAGACAUUGACAUUUACAACAAUGGCGAAUCGUACGGACCCAUUAGCGAAGAGUAUAAGGGGUACAAAUCCACAAAACUUAGUAGAAAAGAUAGUUCGUUCGAAGAUCUACCAGAAUACUUACUGGAAAGAACAAUGCUUCGGUCUCACCGCCGAAACUCUCGUCGACAAAGCCAUGGAACUCGAUCAUGUCGGCGGCACUUACGGCGGAAAUCGUAAACCUACUCCUUUUAUGUGUCUUGUUAUGAAGAUGCUUCAGAUUCAACCUGAGAAAGAUAUUGUCGUUGAGUUCAUCAAAAACGAAGAUUAUAAGUAUGUGAGGAUACUUGGGGCCUUCUAUUUACGCCUUACCGGAACAGAUUCCGAUGUCUAUUUGUACUUAGAACCUCUGUACAAUGAUUAUCGGAAGCUGCGGAUGAGGAAGCAGGAUGGGCAGUUUUUGCUGACCCAUGUGGAUGAGUUCAUCGAUGAACUCCUCACUAAAGACUAUUCAUGUGACAUAGCUAUGCCUCGCAUUAAGAAAAGAUGGAAUCUUGAGAAUGUUGGUGCUCUGGAACCCAGAAGAAGUGCCCUAGAAGAUGAUUUCGAGGAGGAGGAAGAAAAGGAAGAAGAUGAGAUGGAUGUAGAUGUUGAUGAACAUGAAAAGGACUAUCGCGGUAGGAGUCCUGUCAGAGAUAGGGAUAGGAAACGUGACAGUCACAGAUACAGGGAUAGAGAUUAUGACCGUGAUUAUGACCGUGACUAUGAUAGAGAACGUGGAAGAGGGAGAGAUAGAGAUAGGGACCGGGACCGGGACCGAGACAGGGACCGAGAUCGUUAUCGCAUCAGAGAGGAAAAGGAGUAUGGCCGUGAUAGAGAUAGAGAAGGUAGGGAAAGGGAUAGGCGUGACAGGGAUCGUAGGCGAAGGAGUCGCUCUAGAAGCCGGAGUAGGAGUAAGGAACGCAAGGAUCGUGAUGGUGAUCGUAAGAGGCAUGGUAGAAGUCCCAGUCCCAGAAGGCAUGGAGAUGAGGAUGGUGGUGCACGUGAGGAGCCGAAGAAGAAGAAGAAAGAGAAGAAGGAGAAGAAGGAUGAUGGAACUGACCACCCUGAUCCAGAAAUUGCUGAAGCUAACAAACUUCGUGCAAAACUUGGGUUAAAACCAUUGCAGUUGUAGAUACAUAUGAUUGCAUUUUGGUGUUUUUGUUUCCUUCUGUUUGUUGUCAGGAAAAUUUGCUCUCCGUAUUUUCUGUACUGAAGUAAGGUGAAUCCAGCCAUACGUGUAUAACCAUCUCUUAAAUAUUUGUAUGAUUCUAUUUUCACCGUCAAAUUAUGCAGAUUACAAUCCCUUCUGAGGAUGUUUUCUGGUCAGCUCAUCAAUAGAUUCAAGAGUUAAAUGUUGC